AUUACCUUCUAAAUAUUUUAAACAAAAUUCAAGCUAUGCAAUUCUAGUAGAUGGACUUUUACAAGAAUUAAAAAUAAUACCUAACCAGAAUAAGGACAUAUGGAGCAUCCCAAAUAAUAAUUACUUUGAUUAUUACAGUGGCCUGAUGCUCAUCAAUUAAUACCCGCAGUUGCACCUGAGUUAGGAACUAUACUAAAUGGCUUGAGGAAUGCCAAUAUUGUUAAAGCUGACAACGAACCACUUGGUACCCAAUUAAAACUCAUGCUCACUUUAGAACAUGGAAUCAGGGCAUUAUUCAAACCACAGUGGUAUUCAAGGGAUUCUGUGAUUCGUGGACCAGUUUAUUAUGGGAAAGACAGACACAAUGCUGAAAUUGUUGCUUUCCAUUUAUCAUCUUUACUUGGAUUGAGAAGAGUGCCAUUAGCAGUUGCAAGGAAAGUUAAUCUCAGGACUGAGAUACGUUCGAAUGCUACACCUCAAUUAUAUUCUACAAUGUAUCAAGAAGGAAACAAUAGUUGUCUUUAUGGUAUAUGCAGUUAUUGUUCUCCUGCAGAUCCUGUAUGUGGAACAGGAGAAAUAUUAGAGGGUGCUUUAAUUUUAUGGUUGCCAUCACACUUCAAGUUAUCAAAACAUCGUCAUCCUUGGCAAAGAACAUAUAAGCUUGACAAGCUCGCUAUGUGGGAGACAGACUUUAAUUAUUGCAAAAAGGUAAAGAAAACAAAGACUUAUGCACCUCACUUAUCGAGUCGCUUACUGGGUCUGGUGGAUACAGCGAUAUUUGAUUUUCUUAUGGACAAUGGUGAUCGUCAUCAUUAUGAAAUAAUACAGAAUGAUUUACAUAAUCCUGCUGUUCUUCUCAUUGAUAAUGGGAAGAGUCUUGGGAAUCCUGACGUUGAUCACUUUGAUAUUCUAGCACCACUUUAUCAGUGCUGCAUGAUACAUAAGACUACCUGGAAUCGACUGAAGCUAUUAAGUGGUGGUUCUCUGAGCAGUUCAUUAAGAAAAUUUUCAGAAUAUGAAUCCAACAUGGCAAAUGUUCCUCCAUUAAUUACAGAAGCACACCUAAACGCGAUGGACAGAAGAUUGCUGACUAUUUACGCGGUGGUCGAGUACUGUCUCAAGCAAAAUAAAUACGCUUCUAAUGUGAUCCUUGACCAUAGAUAAAAAAACCUUCCAAUAGAUGACACGCUACAAAUGAUCCACCUUAUACAACUUAUUAGACGUACAUUUAUAGUGAGUUUUCUAUGGUUUAAACACUGCCUUAAAAAUAUCCAUCGUGUGCAAUUGAAGUAUGGCUGUAAUAAAAGUUUAAUGUUCCAUGUAAAAA